AUGAUGAAGAAUGUGUUUAUUCGAAUUGAUCUUUCGAGUUUCGUGACAGGCUCCACAGAGCACACGUGGCAACCAACGAUGUCUGCGGAGACCAACAUCCCAAGCUACUGGAUUAACUGGAGAUUCUUUCUCUGCGCGAUCUUUGUCUUAACGUCUCUGUUUCUAUCUUCUUUCCUUAUUUGGAAACACGAAGGACCUAGAAAACGGAAGAGACGUGGUGGUAAUGAUCAAAGAGAAGGAACAGGAAUUGUGUACGAUGAAGAAACUUGGAACACUUGUGUUGAAAGGAUUCAUCCGAAUUGGCUUCUAGGUUUUCGAGUUUUUGGUUUUGUUACUCUUCUUGGACUCAUCUCUGGUAAUGCUAUUGCUGAUGGAGCUGGCAUUUUUAUCUUCUACACGCAGGCUGGUGAGUUGUCUGCAGCUGAGAUCUAUAACUCAUGA